AAGGCUUCAAGCUCGGUGAUUCUUCAACCUCGAAGCUUGGUGAUUCUUCAUUCUUUAAGCUCGAUUUCUGGGUUCAAGUGGUGAUUCUUCAAGCUCGAUUUCUGGGUUUUGGAUUCGGUGUUUCUGCAAGCUCGCUUAUUGCUGAGAAAAUGCCAGAGUUGCUGGAUUUUGAUAAGGAUCUUAUUCAUUUGGAAGCUGCCUCUAAGAUUCCAUUGAAAGCUUUAGCUGAAGAAAUGCAAGCCGUGAGUAAAGGUCUUGAAAAGGUUGAGCAAGAACUUGCUGCUGCUGAAAACGACGGUGUAAUCUCUUCUGGUUUUCGAAAGGAGAGGAUCAUGGAAUGGAAAAAGAAGUAUUUUGGGGUGGAAAUGGAAAAGGAAGUGGAGGAGAAAAUCAAGGAGAUGAAUUUGUGUCUUCAUGAGGGUUGGGUUUUAUUUUUGCUCUUCGUCUUCAAUUUGUGUCUCAAUCUAUAUGGGUUGGGUUUUAUCAAAUUCGAUUUUGUUCUUUACAUAUGACUAAUUUGGGGUUUUGGUGAUGCAGGGG